AUGAGCGCUUCACCGGUAAUUUUGCAUAGUGAUGAUGGUAAUCUGGAAGCACCACAAAUCCGCAAAAGGGUCUCCCAGGGAGCUAGCGAGGAUGCUGAUGGUCCGAAGGCUAAGCGCAAAAGUGUGAAGAAUGAAGAACAGAACCUCUCUCCGGUAGAACCUGUAAAUGCCACUACUAAAGAACAAUCGCUGGCAAGUAGUAAUAGCUCUAAUGGCGCCAAGAAUAAGCGUAAAAGUACAUCUGAGGGAAACUAUGAAAAAAGCACAUCAGGAGAAACAAAGCUGGCCACGUCAGCUCCUGCGGGGCCAACCGGUCACAGACCAGUCACGUCGUGUACGCACUGCCGACAGCACAAGAUCAAAUGCAAUGCAAGCGAAAAGUUUCCGGCAGCUUGUUCUCGGUGCGAGCGCAUGGGUCUUACGUGUGAGGUUGAUCCUCAGUUCAAGCCCAAAAAGGGAUCUCAGCUCCAGAGCCUGCGUAACGACGUGGACGAGCUGAAACUCAAAGUCGAAUGCCUGGCAUACAAUGAAAGUCUAAUUGCACGAGCUCUUGAAAAGACGGAGUGGGGCCAAAAACUUUUGCAGAGCGUGAAGUUGGCCGGGCGUCCCGCUAGACGCACGGGCGAGCUCCGUCCGAAGGGGCCUUUGCCGGUCCUGGGGAGGUCUUCGUCACAACCCAAGAUCAGUGUCCAAACAUAUCUGGCUCAAGAGCCACAACUCUUGCAUCGGAGCACUGGGGCUGGGCUCAAAGACUCGGCGGUUGCGGAGGACGAAUCUGAGAGCACUCGGAUGGCCCUGCUCACAGAUCCCACACUUUUGAACGAUGAUACCCUUCCACCGGUGCUAAGAACUGCUCUGAAGCACCAUGCAUUAAAAUACUCAGGCUCACACGACGUCAUUAGCCAAAGCAGAAGUCGAAGCAUGACACCCGACAAUACUGGGAGUGGAGAAACAAUUGGAACUAAGCCCCACGUUGUUGCCACUACAAGUGCCACACAGCCCUUGGUUUCUCCACAGGCCGGAAUAGACGAGUUUGUUCUCGGUGACGUAAGGAUCUCCAUCUCUAGGGCAGAAGAGUUGCACAAAGUUUUCGUUGAGUCAUUUCUGCCGUAUUUCCCAAUCAUGUAUUCCAACAGCGCCACUGAACUUUACUCACAAUCACAGCUUCUCUUCUGGACGGUGAUACUCACAGCUUGUCUAUCAGAGCCCGAACCGACUCUUUACAAUCAGUUGGCUUCACUGAUUAAGCAGCUGGCUAUAGAAACCUGUUGGAUCCGCACUCCGAGAUCUACGCAUAUAUCACAGGCACUGUUGAUCCUUUGCAAUUGGCCGCUGCCCAAUGAAAAAGUCUUGGACGAUUGCUCGUAUAGAUUUGUCGGGCUGGCAAAGUCUUUAUCAUUCCAGCUCGGUUUACAUCGUGGGAAAUUCAUGUCAGAAUUUAGCAGGACUCAAACUUCCAUGCCAGACGCAGAAAAAUGGAGAACUCGUACGUGGCUGGGGAUUUUUUUCACCGAGCAAAGUUGGGCGAGUAUUUUGGGUUUGCCACCAACUUCCAGGAACGAUUACUUGGUAGAAAUGGCUCGACUUCAAGAGGAUGAAGGUAUCGUACCCACAAGAUUCCGUCGACUAAUAUGUCUUGCCAACUAUCAAGCAGAACUUUGUGAAACCGUUGGGUCGAGCGUGUCAUCUCCGGAUGGUCUGCUGGACGCAAAGGAGAGACCAAAAGCUCUGGAUACCAUGGAGAAAGAGCUCGACAGAUUAAGGUUGACGUUGAAGUUCGAAGAGGAUACGGUGACAGAAAUCUACUAUUUAUACGUACAACUCAUGAUUUGCUGUUUUGCAUUCCUUCCUGGCACUUCUACCGACCAUCAAAAGCAGUACGUCGAAAAGGCAUACUUGAGUGCUACAAAAGUUGUUACACUGUUAACAAAACUGUUAGAAAGAUCGAAUCUGAUUCAACUACCGAUCUAUGUUCGACAAAGUGUAACCUAUUCCGCCUUAAUUCUUUUCAAGUUACAACUUACGCCAUUAUUGGCCGACAAGCAUGUGGACUCCGCCCGCCAAUCAAUUGUGACCGUUCACCGGCUAUGCAGGAAUCAACUAACAGCGUGGACCGCAAGUGUGGAAAAUGACAUUUCCAGAACCGCCGGUGUUUUAGAGAAAUUGAACUUUGUGUUGAUAUCACAACCAGAGAUAUUCAUUGAGAGCGAAGGAAUCAUAUCACGGAUGAGAUCCCAUCUAACUGGAACCUUGUUUUACGACUUAGUGUGGUGCAUCCAUGAAGCUCGUAGACGACAAAAUGACUCAGCAUCUGGUAAAGAAGAGACGAAAAUGGUAGAUGUUCAAGAUGAUGCUCGCUCAAAAAGGAAGCUUUUCCCUUUACCAUUCUACAACCAAAUUUCAAAAGAAGACUUUGAAACAAUCACAAAAACCACUCCUGGUGGCACUACGAUAACCACCUUGGUUCCCACCGAAAACGCAAUACAGCAGGCAAAGAAACUGGCCAAAAGUCAAGGAAACCGAAAGGGGCCAAUUAAAUACAUCAAUGGGAUCCCAAUCUCUGUACUCGACGAGACGGGAAGCAUGAAAUUCGAUGCUGCCAGUAUGGCAACCCCCGGAGUCGCAUUAUGCUCGGACGUGUCGUCGCCACAUACACCUUACAACUCGUCAAAACCAAGCGCUACGACAGAGGAUGUUAUGCCCAGGUCUCCUUCCCUGUUCACCCAACCAAUGCAACGUUCUGCCAGCACACCAGCAGUUGCAGAGCCGUCCACUGGUGGACGGCGCGUCACUAGCAUUUCGCCCUCAUUAGUUUCUGGAAAUACCAAUUCUCUGUUUGCUGUUAACAGCACAGGCCUACCACCCUUGGCAACAAAUAAGGCUGCCUCUCCGGAUUUUGUUCCACCAGGGCCUCCAUUGUUGCCUUCGAACUCGUUUUCAACCUUCAACAUGUUCUUGAACGAAGAAAGUGGGCUCAACAGCAAUAGUGCCACCAACACCCAUCAUGGAGCCACUCCAGUCCCCACUCAAAUUUUCUCUAAACAGUCAUCGGAGUUAAACAUGUUUUUUCAGGCGCAGAGCGCUGGUUGGAUGGAACGGAAUAGUGCCAGCGAUGACGAUUUUCUUGGCUGGUUCGAUAUCAAUAUGGCCCCGGAGUUUUAG